AUGCUUCAAUGUUUUUGCAUUCUAAAUUUUUUUGUUAUACAGCUUGCCAAGUCAGUGGAUGUAAACACAUGAUUUUAAGAUAUGAGUAGUGAUGAGGACAGUGAUAGUGGUUUGUUUAGCUAUGGAAACAAGUUAAAAUUAACGUUUAAAGCUCCAAAAACAGCAAAGACAGAUAUAUUAUCACAGUCAGAGUCGUCCUCUUCAGCAUCAAGCAAAAGCGAUGAUGAAGAUGUUACUGAAGAAUUAAAUAACAUUUCAGAUGCUGAGUCAAUGAAAAUUAAAUGUGAUAAAAGGUUAGGUGCAGAUCUAUUUUCACCAUCCCCACCACCUCCACCUUGCAAGAAGAUCCCAAUUUCAAAAGAUGAACGUCCUUCACAUGAUCCCACUGAGCGCCUCUUACGAAGGUUGAAAGAGCAAGUUGUAUCAUCACCAAACCUCUCAGUGGAACUAAUGGACACUCCUAGUAAAGACAGAUCAGAAAAAGUAAAAGUCCGCUUGCAUGGCAUCAUUAAAAAGUAUGAAAUCUCAAGAAGCGAACCUCUUAAGAGUCUGUUCGAACAAAUCGCAACGUCGGAAAAUGUGGCUGUUGAAAGAGUGUCGUUAAGUUUGGCGAACUGCAAUAUAAAACCUACAGACACGUUAGAAACAAUCAAUGAAACAGUUGCUGAUAUUAUUGAGUGCGUUGUAUAUUUGGAUUCUGUUGAAAUAGAGGAGGAGAAGAUAUCUGUUAUAUUACAGCAAGGAAGACAAAGAGACGCUUACACUAUUUCAAAGAAUGAUGUUUUGGAAAAACUAUUUCAAACAUACUGCAAAGAAAAAAAGACAUUAGCGAGAAAAACUUGUUUCAAGUUUGAUGGAGAUAAUAUUGACCCAAAUAGCAACCCGGUUGAUCUGGAUUUAGAUGAUGGAGAUAUUAUAGAUGUUAUUGUAACUAGUAGAUGAUUUCCAUUAUCAUAGAGUAUAUAUCUUUUUCUGUUUUUGUAUCUACAAUAUUUUUUAUGUACAGUUAUUUGAUCAAUAUAUUUAAAGAGUAACUUUUUGUUA